AAGAAAACAGAAGACAUCGAAAAAAGUUCAAAAUAUAUAAUAUUUUCGCAAAUAAUUUUUAACACGUUUUACUACGAAUUUAUGAAUGACUUGAAUAUUGAAUGUAUAUAUAUAUAUAUAUAUAUAUAUAUAUAUAUAUAUGUAUGUAAUUUGUUCAUAACCUGGGAGAUGAGCAUACGCGCGUGCUCUGCUAGUGUAAAGGAAGUAAACUAACAUUACAUACAUAAAUCUUAAAAAAGGAACUCAGAAAAUUGCUCUCGAAAAUUAUCGCCUUUUUAACUAAACGUGUUAACUAUUUUCAUAAUAUAUAUACAGAGAGACAUACAAAUGAAGUGCGUUUGACAAAAAAAGUUACACAGCAGUUGUUUUGAACAAACGUGAAACCAUGAAGAGUAUUAUUCGUUUUAUUCGUAGUUAUAUUGACUUUUGUUUAAUAUAUGUGAUAUUAGGAUUCAUUUCGUUUGCAGUAAGUACAGCGAUAUCGUCGCCAUCUUGUGGAUUGUAUGGUGCUCCACCCUGCCGUUUCCUGCCAGCACCGCCGGGCCAAACACCAUCGUGCGCUCGACCGGGUAAAACCUAUUGCGAACAUAUAGAUAACUAUCCAAUACUUUUAAUUAAACAUCUCGUACAAAAAUGGGGUUACGAAGCAAAAAAUUUACUUGUUGACGAAACGUGGGAUGACUUCGCGGCAGUAGCGUGGCAUAAUACGCCUGUCUUUUACGAUCCAGCUUAUAUUUUCUCUCAACGAAAUCCUAACGGCAAUGGACAAACAUUUAACGGAUAUAAUUACGAAAUGUCGCCCUUCGGCAGCGGAGAUAAUAUGAGGAAUUAUAAUGACGAUCCAUCUCCUUUGCCAAGGACAUCAACAACAACAACGGAGGGACCAACUUACCUCCUAUAUACAUCUGCCGGUCAAAGAGUGAGUAUUAAAAAAAAUCAAGUGGCUGCCUUUGAUAAUAAUGGCAAGACGACGCCUAAUAAUCGUGCUACAUGGCUGAAACGAAUUGUUCGAGAUUUAAGUAAAACUUACCCGACGGAAAUCAAAGUUGAUUCCCAUUUAAUUAUUGAUAAUCUUAAGGAAACCAAUUCUUACAAGUUGGCCCGUGAUGUCUCUUUAAAUACGGAUUUCUUAGACAUUAUCGGUGUAGAUAGAAGCACUCAAACGCGUGUGAAACGUCAGAGUCCGGGACAAACCUCGCUAUGUCAGACGACAUCGCGAUUUAUAACUCCCCAAGCAGCUCUCAAUAGCAAAGGUAAUUGGAUGUUUGUAGUUAACGAAGCCAGUACAGCACGUCAAAUGGUCAAAGCAGAAUUGUGCGCAUCGAACACUUGCUCUAAUCUCUGUCAAUUACCAAAUAAUUAUAAUUCACGUUGUGAACAGAAGUUUGUACAGAAACGGUUAAUUGCUUUGCAGGGGAAUGGUCAAAACUUGUACACCGACACAUUUUGGUUCCCCAGUUGUUGUGUUUGUAUAAUAUCCAAUAACUGAAUCACUUACUUGACGGCGCGAACAAUUGCGGAUCAAUGCGAUAAAUGAUACGAACCGAAUCGAAUCGGGUUUCAUCAGAGAAGUUAGUGAUGCAAUAAAUAAAUUUCGUUUGUAAUAAAUUUUGUCAAACUACGCACAAUAUACAUAUAUAUCUAUAGAUACGGUGUUUAUACUCUACAACAGUUGCAGUAGGUAGCGUAUAUUAAGCCAGUGCGGAC